AUGAAGACACUCUUAUUUUUCACGAUGAAUAACCUCUUAGAUAUGGUUUACAUAUCGCUCGCAUGUCUAUUUCUCGCACUUCUCUCUCGCAUGUUCUACAUGCAAAUGUUGCACCCUCUUUCGAAGUUUCCAGGCCCUUGGUAUGCCACAUCGUUCUCGAUUGUGGGUGCCAUAAUAUCAAUCAAGAAACGAGAGCAUUUGUGGCUCACGCAUCUGGUAGAGAAGUAUGGAGCUGACCAACCGAUUCGUGUGUCACCUAACACACUGCUCUUUCCUCGACCAUCGGCGCUCAAGGAUAUCUAUCGCGACCCCCAAUUGAAUGAGAAGUCAGCGUUUUACGGCACUGGGGCCCUUGGUCCUCCCCAUUUGUUCUCGACGCUUGGAAGCGAUCAGCAUCGCGCAUUGCGCAAAGCAUUAUCUAACGCGCCAUGGUCUAUUGGACAACUGAGAAAAGUGUGGGAGCCCCAAUUUGAUGAGAUGGUCUCAUUCUUCAUCUCGAAAAUGAGCGAGCAUGCAACGGCAGAGCGCACAAUCUGCCUAUCCGAUAAAAUGGCCGAGUUUGCGGCCGACAUCUUGAGUAUGAUCUCAUUCUCGGAGCCCUUUGGUUGUGUGAAAAACCAGCGUGAUGAGAAAGGUAUCAUGGUAAAUUGGCGCAAGGGAUUGGUAUUCUUCGGCUUUGCCUCGCGCUGUCGGUUCUUCAGGGAAUACAUACUAGACCUGCCUGUCCUAGGAAAAUGGCUUCUGCCAGAGAAUUCCAGGGAUAGCGGUAUGGGAUGGCUGAUAUGCGAAGCAGACCGUCAGUUGACUCGUCGAGAAAAGAACAUUGCCGAGAAGCCUUUCGAAGGAAGGCCGGAUUUUAUGCAGCAGUAUGAUCGGCCUGUACUCUUCUUGGUACUCCUACUGAUUGUCUCUAGCUGUGUUGAAGCCCGUUACUCGGACGGUUCAUCGUUGACGCCUAUUCAAAAACGGGCACACGUGACACUUUUGGUUCAAGCUGGCGUGGACACAACCGCCACCGCACUGACCAGUAUCUUUCAAUUAUUGCUCUUGAACCCUUCAGCUCUUGCACGCGUGCGUGCUGAGAUCGAGAAAGCAGAUGCCGCUGGCCUGUUAUCUACUCCGGUCUUGUAUGAGGAAACUCGUCAGCAUCUUCCGUUCCUCGUUGGAGCCAUCAAGGAAGGACUUCGACUUCAGCCAUCAGCUCCACAGCUUUUACCACGUAUAGUGCCCAAGAAUGGGAAAAUGAUCGAUGGACACUUUAUUCCAAGCGGAGCAGAUGUUACAAGCAAUGCGUACAUUAUCCAACGAGACAGGGCGUUCUACGGCGAAGACGCCGACGAGUUCAAACCUGAGCGGUGGAUGGUCAGCGAGAAAAGAACGUUCGAAUUGGAAGCCGCCCAGUUCACCUUCGGCACAGGUCCCAGACAGUGCAUGGGCAAGGAAAUAGCAAUGCUCGAGGUAUACAAAGUCUUGCCAGAGACUAUCCGUCGCUUCGACAUCGAGCUUGUAAAACCUGGUGUUUAUACUCUGGUCGGUGGAGUGGCAUGGAACGAGGGCCUUCUUGUCAAGCUGACUGCAAGGAAUCCUGAGGUUUGA